UCUCUUGACAACACAAGCUUGUUGCAGUUGGCCCGGACACCUCUGCCCAAGAUGCACCGAAAGACCAGGGCUCAGGGGGACUUCUCUUCUUCCCUUUACCAAGGAAGUGAACAUAGUGCCUCUCUGGAACCAUCCAAGGAUUCCACCAAGUCCCUGGUCCAACCAAGGCCUCAGUGGGAAAGAGAAGUGGCGGAUGUGUCAGGUUUGCCUCUUGCCAGCAUGCUUCCCCCAUUGUCCGCAGUCCCAUUGGUGACCUCAAGUUCCAUGCCCCCAUCUCAGCCACCAGUAGGGAUUUCCUCUCUAAAGCAUCCCCUGUGGUCAGACAGUCUCCCGUUCCUCCUUCUUCCACCUUCAUCCUCUUCAUUGGCUUUUCACUCACCUCAUCCCAUCACCUUCUCUAAGCCAGCAGAGUCCCUCACCAAAGUGCCAUUCUUUCCUGCUAUAGCGCAAGCUGUUGCCUCUUCAGGUCCGAAGGUAGCCAGUUCCCUGAGCUCAUUUUCUGAUGAUAUGAACCAUACUCCAUCCCAAACUACCCAGGAUUUCACAAAUGUCCCUCAUCUAGGUUUUUCAGGAUCCUCAACAAAGCAGCACUCUGAGCUGUCCCCAGCUGAGGGUCCCCUGUCAGCAGGCUCACCCACACCUGGGGUUUUGAGCUCCAUGGCAGAACUGGGCCAGCUGUCUCCCACUCCCCUUGCACCUGGAGGUCUUCUGCUCCCAGGUGGAACCCCUUCAUGGUCCACGUUGGAAGUGGCUUCAAGUCGUGCAUCCACCCAGCCAGUGCACAGGGCAGGGGUUAAACAAGUGCACAGUGGGGUGCCCUUGCCAACUUUGAAGAGUGCAGCAGAGGCUGUGCCUUCAUUUUUCCAGACUGUACAAUCAGUGGCUAUAGCAAUGAGCAGCAAAAAGCUAGCCCCUGCUCCUCCUGCCAAUGGCUCCGCUAACCCACCGCAUUUGUCAGCAGCUCCAGAGAAUUCCAGAGGGCCUGUGGUUUCUGCAGAGCGCGCAUCUUCCUCUUGGGUGCCUCCUCCUCUGCCUUUCACCACACCAGGUCAAGGAAAAGCCAUCCCUUCUGGGGAGGUUCCUACAUUACCUCUGAACAGGACAAUCGACCUUCCCUCCUCUGUCCUGCAGCCCACAGGAAGUCAUGCCUCUCCAUCCCCUGUGCCAGAAAUGCCCCCUCCUCAAAAAGAAAAUAAAGAUGUGCCCCGUUUUCCUGCAGCCACACACUUGCUUCCCUUGAGCAGAUUUCAUCUUGCCACGAAGAUCUUGACCCUGCAAAAGGAUAGUGGGACAGCUGUUUUAAAGGAAAAUGAAAUGGCAAGUGUGACGCUUCCUCUCCAGACCUUUCCAAGUAAAGAAGUUUCGAGUCUUCACACUGUAAAUGGAUUCACUUCUGAUUUUAGCAUUGGUCCCAUUUCCUCUCCUAUCAUUGCAACACCAAGAACAAACCUCCUUUUAUCCGGAUCACCACCGCCUUCCAUGCCUGUCAUUCAAACCACCCAGCUGGUUUCCCCGUCUCCUGGCUUUUCCAGCACUAAGCCAGAGAAUUUCACAGCUGCUGUGGGCCAUUCUGAGCUGCCAGCUUCGGCUUCCAAGCAGGUGACAGCAGCGUUUCCCUCCUCCUCUGAUGUCUCUGAUUUCUCAACAAUAGGAGACAUGAACAAGCCAACAACCACAGAUGUUUUCCGGAGUUCUCUUUCGGUACAAACUGGAUCUCUUUCCACACAAUCAACAAUAUCUGGCUUGCAGCACCAAGCGAAUUAUGAUUUAAGUGGCCACGUGGUUAACUCCACAAGUUGGGACCUUCAUUCAGCUCCAACUCCUCUUCCCAGUGGUUUAUCUUCAGCUGCCAGUGCAAUAAAAUCUCAGGAUUUCCAAGAUACUGUUGGGCGGUCAGUCGUUGCAGAACAUUUUAACAUUCAGGAUCUCAUCCUAGGCCCAAGCACCUACCAGCCUGAAGAACAGUCAGAUGUGGCCGUGGUUGGGAACCCUACAGACCUCUGGCCCACAAGCCAUAACAGCUAUUCCAGAGUUUUCCAAACAGAGAAGAUUGACUAUUACCCAUCUUCAAGUCGACAUUCUUUGUCAAGUCCCCAUUUACGGAUGCCCACGCAGCCAACCCAUCCUCUUUGGCUAACCUGGCUCAGGCUGUCUUCUAUGGCUAGCUUGCAAGAAAUGCUUUCGGAUGGGACAGAUACAGGUCCCCACAUUUCCAGUGACAUCUAUCUAUCACAUGGGAUCAAUGCUUCCACAUCACUCAAGAGCAUCCUGGGAUAUCACUCAACUGCUGAGUCUCCUAAAUCCACCAGUGCCUUUCCCAGGACCCCCUCCAGAGUGCUGCGAGCUUCUCAGCGCCCCAAGAAAUGGACAGGUGCAGCCACUAAUGCAGAUAGUUUGUUUCCUGGUACCCAAAAAACAGUGGACUUCUCAGUGUCACCCAAGAUAGAGCCAACUGCAGCCACCGCUGCCACGUUGCUUCUGAGGAAGUCAAGUCCACCGGCCCUAUCUGCAGCCUUGGUUGCUAAGGGCACCAGCAGCAGUGGCUUAGCCAAGAGCACUGCUCUAGUGAGAAAUGUCACCAACAAGGCAGCAUCUGAUCCAAAGGCGACUGCAGGGACCAUCCACACUGCCUUCCCAUUCACACCAACCUACAUGUUUGCCAGAACAGCACACACCGUAAGCACACACGCAGCCAUGCAGGGGAAUGCAGGCACUGCCUCUGGCCUGUUGUCCACAACGCACCUCCCCAGGAAACCACAAGCCAUGCACACCAGCCUCCCAAACCCCACCAAGCCAGAGAUGCCCAGAGCAUCCACCCCUCGCCCACUGACAUCCAUCACGGCGUCCGCGAGGGCCACCCACUUGCCAUCUCCGCAGGCAGAAAACACAGAUACUGUUCUUCCUGCUUCGUCCACUGCAAUGGUCACGACCGGCAAAAUGGCAUCCAACCUGGAGUGUCAGAUGUCCAGUAAGCUUCUGGUGAAGACAGUCCUGUUUCUAACACAAAGGAGAAUGCAGAGCAGCGAAUCCUUGAAGUUCAGUGUAGCCAGAGGGCUCACACAGGCCCUUCGCAAGGCUUUCCACCAGACCGACGUGACAGCUCACGUGGACAUUCUGGAGCAUUCUCAUAAUGUCUCCAUUGGUUAUUAUGCUACCAAAGGGAGGCUGGUGUACUUGCCUGCUGUUGUGAUGGAAAUGCUAGGAGUUUAUGGAGUCAGCAACGUCACUGCAGAUCUGAAGCAGCAUACCCCAAACUUACAGUCUGUGGCAGUCCUUGCCUCUCCAUGGAAGCCCCAGCCUGCCGGCUACUUCCAACUGAAAACAGUGCUACAGUUUGUGGGCCAAUCUGACAACAUACAGUCCUGUAAGUUUGCUCAGACCAUGGAGCAGAGGCUGCAGAAGGCAUUUCAGGAUGCAGAGAGAAAAGUCUUCAACACCAGAAGCAACCUGAAGGUGCAGAUCCUGAGCACGUCUAACGCCUCCCAGGCCGUCACCUUGGUGUACGUUGUGGGCAACCAGAGCUCUUUCCUCAAUGGCACCGUGGCCAGCAGCCUCCUCAGCCAGCUCUCUGCCGAGCUGGUGGGAUUCUACCUCACCUACCCGCCGCUCACCAUUGCCGAACCACUGGAAUAUCCCAAUCUUGAUAUAUCAGAAACAACCAGAGACUACUGGGUCAUUACAGUGCUGCAGGGCGUGGACAACUCUCUUGUGGGCCUGCAUAACCAGAGCUUCGCCCGCGUCAUGGAGCAGCGCCUUGCCCAGCUGUUCAUGAUGUCCCAGCAACAAGGCCGGCGGUUUAAACGAGCCACCACCCUGGGAAGCUACACUGUGCAGAUGGUAAAGAUGCAGCGUGUGCCGGGACCAAAAGACCCAGCGGAGCUGACUUACUACACCCUGUACAACGGGAAGCCAUUGCUGGGGACUGCGGCAGCCAAGAUCCUGAGCACCAUUGACUCCCAAAGGAUGGCCUUGACCCUGCACCAUGUUGUCCUUCUGCAAGCUGACCCCGUGGUGAAGAACCCCCCCAACAAUCUGUGGAUCAUUGCCGCGGUCCUGGCACCCAUCGCCGUGGUCACGGUCAUCAUCGUCAUCAUCACUGCUGUGCUCUGCAGGAAGAACAAGAAUGACUUCAAGCCAGACACCAUGAUAAGCCUGCCUCAGAGAGCAAAGCCCGUGCAAGGCUUUGACUAUGCUAAGCAGCACCUCGGCCAACAAGGGGCAGAUGAGGAAGUCAUCCCCGUGACUCAGGAGACCGUGGUCCUGCCCCUGCCAGUUAGAGAUGCUCCUCAGGAGAGGGACGUUGCUCAGGAUGGGAGCACCAUCAAGACAGCCAAGUCCACCGAAACCAGAAAGAGCAGGUCGCCCAGUGAGAAUGGCUCUGUCAUCAGCAACGAAUCAGGGAAGCCCAGCUCAGGGAGGCGCUCACCCCAGAACGUAAUGGCACAGCAGAAAGUGACAAAGGAGGAGGCAAGGAAGAGAAACGUGCCCGGCGGCAGCGACGAAGAGGAGGGCGCCGUUCUGUUCGACAGCUCUGGCAAAGUAGCAGCCGACCCCUUCGACACGUCGUCUGGGUCCGUGCAGCUCAUCGCGAUCAAGCCCACAGCCCUGCCAGUGGUGCCGCCCACCUCGGACAGGAGUCAGGACUCCUCGGCGGUGCUCAACGGCGAGGUGAACAAAGCCCUAAAGCAGAAGUCAGACAUCGAGCACUAUCGGAACAAGCUGCGCCUCAAAGCCAAGAGGAAAGGCUAUUACGACUUCCCUCCGGUGGAGACAAACAAGGGCCUGACUGAAAGAAAAAAGAUGUAUGAAAAGGCCCCAAAGGAAAUGGAGCAUGUUUUGGACCCAGACCCAGAACUGUGUGCUCCGUAUGCUGAGCCUAAAAACAGGCAACAGAUGAAGAACUCCGUCUACCGAAGCCGGCAGUCUCUGAACAGCCCCAGUCCAGGAGAAACUGAGAUGGACCUUUUGGUCACUCGGGAGCGGCCCCGACGUGGAAUCCGGAACAGUGGAUAUGACACGGAGCCUGAAAUCAUAGAGGAAACCAAUGUGGACAGAGUUCAUGACCCCCGGGGCUACGCCAGGUCAAGGCCCGUGAAAGGUCACUCGGAGACCUCCACACUGAGCUCCCAGCCGUCCAUUGACGAGGUGAGGCAGCAGAUGCACAUGCUCCUAGAGGAGGCCUUCAGCCUGGCAUCCGCAGGCCACGCUGGCCAGAGCCGCCACCAGGAGGCCUAUGGCUCCACACAGCACCUGCCCUACUCCGAGGUGGUGACCAGUGCUCCAGGGACCAUGACGAGGCCCAGGGCUGGUGUGCAGUGGGUACCGACCUACCGCCCAGAAAUGUACCAGUACAGUCUGCCCCGGCCGGCCUACAGGUUUUCCCAGCUUCCUGAAAUGGUCAUGGGCUCUCCACCUCCACCUGUACCACCCCGACCUGGGCCAGUGGCUGUUGCUUCUCUCAGACGGUCCACCUCAGACAUUGGCAGCAAGACCCGAAUGGCUGACUCCGUGGGCCCCGAGCCAGCCCAGCUGCAUGAGAGUGCCUCGUUCGCCCAGGUGUCCAGAGGCCCCGUGUCCGUGGCACAGCUGGAUCAGUCAGCUUUAAAUUACUCAGGUAACACGGUGCCAGCGGUGUUUGCCAUCCCAGCUGCCAACAGACCCGGAUUCACCGGCUACUUCAUCCCCACCCCUCCCUCAUCCUACAGGAGCCAAGCCUGGAUGUCCUACGCAGGAGAGAAUGAGCUCCCCAGCCAGUGGGCCGAUUCGGUGCCCCUGCCGGGGUACAUCGAGGCCUACCCGCGCUCGCGCUAUCAGCCGAGCUCGCCCUCCAGGCUCCCGCGCCAGUACAGCCAGCCCGCCAACCUGCACCCCAGCCUGGAGCAGGCGCCCAUGCCCUCGGCGGCUGUGUCGCAGCAGAGCCUGACUGAAAACGACCCAUCCGACCCGCCCCUCACCAACAUCUCCACCGCGGCCCUCGUGAAGGCCAUCCGGGAGGAGGUGGCCAAGCUGGCCAAGAAGCAGACGGACAUGUUCGAGUUCCAGGUCUAACGCGUCAGCCGGGGGACUGUGCACGGCCAGCCUCCGCGGAAUCAGGCUUUGGGGGUGAGAAACACUGACAUCGGGUGAGUCGUCACCCUCCGUUUCCCAAAAGGCGAACAGUGGGGCUUCUGGGUCACAGGAACCUCCGAGUUCUUGGCUUGCACACCUGGCCAUGUCUCACCACAGGGCCUGCUUGGGACGAGCGCUCCAGAUUCUGCGGAGGUGAAUGUUUGCACCCCGGGAGUUUUCCCCCCAAGGAGCCUUAGUCAAGAGAGGGACUGGCUAAUCUACAGAUUCCUGUCCAAUGCCACCUUUGACUAAAUCACCGGGAAGGGGGAAACAUAGCUCUAUCUUUGAUGACCUCUGCAUGUUAACUCUUUUUUUGUGUGUUAAAAGCAACGCAGGAGUGUGAAUUUACCCCCUAGACUGCCCUCUCUCAUUCAGCUCUGACUGAUCGCUAAAAUCAUCUCUGCUCUGUACGGCAGCCGCUGACUCCAGCCAAGAAACUUGAGUCUCUUUGCUUCUAAAGGAUCAUAUUCAAAGUCAAAUGAAUUGGAUGAAAAUCAGAACUACUGGCUGCGUCUAUAAAUAGUCCGGAAGCUCCCUCCCCACGCCCAUAAUUAAAGGCCAAGAAAGAGAGAUGAGCAGGAAUGGAAGGUUUGUGUUGACAAGCUUUUCAAAAGGUAUCGUCUCUUGGAAAUAGGGUAUCCUGCAAGUUGGGAUUGAAAUGAGAGAGAAUGGGUGCUAAGAACUUUUAGUAUCCUACAAAAGAAAAAUAGGUAUUUGAAGUAUUUGUAGGGUUUUCCUUCUCCCGCACUGAAGGUGGCCUGAGAACAGACAGAGCUUCUCUCUUAGGGAUGAAAGAUCCAUUGACUUUUGCAAGAAAGCUGGCUCUUCAACACUGAUCUCCAGCCUGCUCUGCCAAGGGGUACAAGAGAAAAUAGUCACUGAUUCCCAUUAGAAGUGGGAGCUAAGGAUCUGGGUUAUUCCAGGCUGCAGCCUCAGUUUAUAGACAUUUCCAAAUGUAGAAAAUCUGUUGAUUUGGGUUUAAGUGUAAAUAACCUCUUUUUUAAAUGUAUGGGUUUUGCCAAGGUUCCAUAAUUUAUGGACACUAGGGGACACUGGUCAGAAUGGCAAGGCUGCUACCUGGUGGCCGUGAUGCUCCAGGUCACCCUUCUUGGUGUGGAGAACUGGCCAGCCAAGCUCUGAGUGGAGGACGCUGCCUCCACGGGACUGGGGCGCCACCCACUGACUCCCAUGAGCGCAAGCAGAACCCCUCCUGACUUCGGGCAGCGCGUGUGGUGUGGAGGGCUUGCUCGGUGUCUGUUGGAGUGUGAGGUCCUGUGCCGCCUUCACCCAUGAUGCAUCUCGCUUCAGCAGCUCCCAUUCCCUUCCAAGCCCAUCUGUCCAUUGUCUCAUGAGUUUCUUUGGUCUUUACCCGAAAGAAGAAGGUGGAAUUUUAAAACGCUGAGAGAACAAUAGGAAUGGAACUGAUUAGAAUGGGAGAUUCAAACUGUCAAAGCACAGACUUUUCCAAGCAGCUGUUUUUAUUUCCCAAGGGCAAUUUUCCUUUUCUGGAAUGUGUCAUGGAAUCCUCAAACAAGUCUCUUGUUUGGAUGGAUAUUAGGUAGUGUCCUUUUAGUAUGCCAGUUGAUCUUUCAUAGUGUUAGUUUUUGUUACUUAAAAAGAAAUCAGCUAUAAAUAAAAUGUAUUUUUGUAAUUUCCAUGUGUAUAUAUAUGGUAUAUUUCUAUCAAUGGCCAGUUGUUGUAGUCCAAAACCUAAAUCAGCUUGCAGAUCACUGUGGACGGUACAAGAUUUUAUGGACAGAUUAACACAAUGCCUAGGUCUAUCCAAAUCGGCAUUCAAUGCACUUGAAUGAACAAAGAGCCAAAGAAACUCAGCCUUUUCAUGCAAAUGGUAUGAGUCUGAUAGACAGCUACAUUGUCCCGCUUUUUCAGUAAUACCAAUAUUUCAUCAGCACAGUGAUAUCAACUCAGAACUUUGUCUACUUGGUAAAUGCCUGGAAAUUCUGUAUGUGAAAGUGAAGUUUUAAGACCUUAGUGUCCUUGAAAGAUAUGUACAUGUUUCAAAAGACAGUGUAUGAGCUUUGGAUGUUCUGUUGAUUGCAGACUCUGAGUCUGGAGUUUGCCUUUCUAUGGGUCCAGAUUGCUAAGGCAGUGGAGCUACAAGUCAUUACAGUCAUCACAGAACCUCAUGAAGUAUACAGUCCACUGAAAAAAUUUAGAUACAGCAUGCUAAGUCAGACACGCUCUUCAACUAGACCCCACAGGUUCAGGAAACUUAGAUGAGAGAAAAUAUGUAGAUGAAGGAAAACUUGUACCUGUUUUUCCCACCAAAGAGAGAGCUGCCAUUGUUGAAUUUUCUGGGACUAAGACUUGGUCCCUUCUCUGAUAUUUCCUGACCUCAUGAAGGUGACAGAUACCAGGAUAAGUGACUCUGAGAAAAAGCGGAUGGUAAAAGGUGCUUCACAGAAGUGCAUAUAGGGUUUCAUGAGAACCCCAAGGAGACAAGAAUGGACUCCGUGUUCAUCACCAUCCUCCAGACGGUCACAAAGCCAUAAAGGAUACUGGUGACCUUGGAGGAGGAAGCGAAGUCCAGAGAAAUGGAGUGACCGGCCGCCUGUCCAGCCCACCCCUGCUGAUUCAUGACCCAAUCUGCUCUCCAUCUACCACACUGCCUGCAUGCUUGUUGGUGAUACAUUUCUUUAACUGUGCCCAAAGUUUGCAAAAUAGACAAAGGUCCUGUGAGGGACUUCGUAAUGCUCUUGCCAAGAAAAAAAAAAGAGUAAGGAACUUUGAGUACAGUGUACAGAGGACAAUAUCUUUGUGGCACAAUAAAUAUUUUUUUUUGGCACUGGUUUCGAUAUGAAUUUUCUGCAUUCAUCAGAAAGAAAUGUGGUCACCCAGCGAGGACCGUCAAGGAAGUGGCGUCCUCAGAUGCUGUUCGAAGCUGUGGAGGUGACUUCCCCUCGUGGUGCCCUAGAUUCAAACAGGCAGGCAGAGAUGUGCUGAGAGCUUGUCAUUGAAAGGUAGCAGGUGCCUGUCUUCACUGUGGGGGAGGACACAGGCAGUGCAGGGACAUAAAGGUCUGUAGUGUGGCCUGGCACUUGCAAGCCGAGGCUUGUGUAAUAAUUCAAUGGUGAAUGUUAACUGUGGAACAGGAAGUGGCCUCCUGGAGGGUAGAUUGUGUAAAAAUAACUUCUCCAGUCCUGGAAGAAGUUACGUUGUUCUUUUGUUAUUCUAAGGACCCAGCAGUGGGGCAUGUAAUUUCUGGAUAAUCUUCAUGGAAAAGAAGAAAUUGUUAGAUGUGUGAUUGUCAAAAUAAACUUUCUGAGAGAGUAUGUAGAAUGGACAUGGAGAGCACGUUAAGUACCUGACCAAAAAAAAAAAAAAAAAAUGCUUUUCUAGCUUUAGAAAUUAGAGAA